AGAGGACGAACUCCAUAGUUUCGAGUCGACGGCAUGAAAAUGAGGAAGCCUUCCAAGGCAGGGCCCACACAAUAAGCUCCAAGCCAGCGUGCCCAGCUGCUGCCAAGUGUACGUCUCCCCAGGCCAGUUGGAUAAGCCGGGGCCUCACCUUGGUCUCAACUCCACUCCGUCGUCGCCACUCGCCCCUACUCACUCACAGGCCAGCCACCUCCGACCCAUCGCAUUCUUCACGACUCCUCCGGUCACGCGGCUUCUCAAACCUUCUAGAACUCCCGCCUUCCUUCAUCCUUCCCUCCAUUCCAAACCUUUUUAAGCUCUCCCAUGACGCCUGACCUCCUCAGAUCUCUCAGCAAAACACUAGAGCAAGCUAAGCACGUACGUCAAACUCCACAGCUCGUCGCCAAUGGCGUCUGCUUCUCUCGUGACUUCUCUCUUGUGCAGCAGCAGUGCUUCUACCAGCAGAAGUGCAGCCGUACCAAGAGCGAUCCGGAUCCCUCUCUUCUCCAAGAACCUGUACAAGCCGUCUCUUUGGCCUCUUAGGAGUAGUUCUGUAGUUAGGCGAUCGUUGCAGCAGGAGCAAGAGGAGAGGGCGGACCCGGCGUCCUCCGUAGCUGUAGCCUCCGGCGAGCAGCAGCAGGAGGCGACGGCGUCACAUCAUGUCGGUGGGGAGGAUGACGCGAAGGCAUCGCAUCAUGCUGGAGGAGAGGGAGGCCAAGAAGAAGGCGAUGGUGAGGAGAAGAGGAGGAAGGAGCAGCAGCAGGAGGUGGACUGGAAGUCGGACGAGGAGUUCAAGAAGUUCAUGGGCAACCCGUCUAUCGAGGCCGCCAUCAAGCUGGAGAAGAAGCGCGCCGACAGGAAGCUACGCGAGCUGGACCGCGAGCCCGACGCCAACCCCGUCGCCGGCCUGCUCCGGGGUUUGGCCAAGGACCAGCUGGCCCGCGAGAAGCAGAGGCUGGAGCUGGCGGAGCAGACCUUCAAGGCCCUUGACCUCAACAAGCUGAAGAGCUGUUUCGGGUACGACACGUUCUUCGCGGUGGACGUCCGGAGGUUCGGCGACGGCGGGAUCUUCAUCGGGAACCUGAGGAAGCCUGUGGAGGAGGUCCGGCCCAAGCUGGAGAAGAAGAUCGCCGAGGCGGCCGGAACAGAGGUCACCCUCUGGUUCAUGGAGGAGAAGAACGACGACAUCACGAAGCAGGUCUGCAUGGUUCAGCCCAAGGCAGAGAUUGAUCUCCAGCUCGAGAUCACUAAGCUGAGCACGCCGUGGGGCUACCUGAGCGCUGUGGCGUUGGCGGUCACGACCUUCGGGACGAUUGCCAUCAUGAGCGGCUUCUUCCUCAAACCCGGCGCGACGUUCGACGACUACGUCUCCAACGUGCUCCCGCUGUUCGGCGGCUUCCUCUCCAUACUCGGCGUCUCUGAGAUCGCGACGAGGCUGACCGCUGCGAAAUACGGCGUGAAGCUGAGCCCGUCGUUCCUCGUGCCGUCGAACUGGACGGGCUGCCUUGGCGUGAUGAACAAUUACGAGUCGUUGCUGCCCAACAAGAAGGCCCUCUUCGACAUCCCGGUCGCGCGCACGGCCAGCGCGUACAUCACGUCGCUCGUGCUGGCGGUCUCGGCGUUCAUCGCCGACGGUAGCUUCAACGGCGGCGAGAACGCCCUGUUCGUGCGGCCGGAGUUCUUCUACAACAACCCUUUGCUGUCGUUCGUGCAGGUGGUGAUCGGCCCCUACGCCGACGAGCUGGGGAACGUGCUCCCCAACGCGGUGGAGGGCGUGGGCGUCCCCGUGGACCCGCUGGCGUUCGCGGGGCUCCUGGGCAUCGUGGUGACGUCGCUGAACCUUCUGCCGAUCGGACGGCUGGAGGGCGGCCGGAUCGCGCAGGCGCUGUUCGGGCGGGGCACUGCGGCGCUGCUGUCGGUCGGCACGUCGCUGCUGCUGGGCGUGGGCGCCAUCUGUGGCAGCGUGCUGUGCCUGGCGUGGGGUCUCUUCGCCACCUUCAUCCGCGGCGGGGAGGAGAUCCCCGCGCAGGACGAGAUCACGCCGCUCGGAAGCGACCGGUACGCGUGGGGGUUCGUGCUCGCCGUCGUCUGCCUCCUCACGCUCUUCCCCAACGGCGGCGGCACAUACUCCAGCUCCUUCCUCGGCGAGCCGUUCUUCAGAGGCGGAAUCUAGACGCUGCGCCGUCGCAUGGUCGUGGCGUAGGAAGAACUCAGAGGAGUUGUAGGAGGGAUCUUGUACAGUUUCGUACGCUCGGAUUGCUCUCCUUCGAUUCGUGUUCAGUGUGGCCGUAGUCACUCAACUAACCACUAUGCAAUCUCCAUGCCAAGAUCGAUAUAGAAGCACUUCCUGCGAUAUAUUUUACAGAUAGUAUUGCCAGGGGACAAGGCGCCUUCAGGAACCUAGGAAGUUCACAUGAAUUUGAUCAGUUUCACAUAAGAGUUUUCAAUUUCUAUAGGAAACAUACAAAUUCUUAAUUUUAAAAUGGGUCUAAACAGUGCUAUA